AUGAGGUUUUUCGUGCUUUUUCUGUACUUCCUGAUUGCAGCCACAGAUGCAGGAGUAAUUAUACCUGGAAAUACCGCAGUGGUUAAAGGCAGUGAGAUCAAAGAUGAGGGCAUAGCUGCUGGUAUAACGACGGAUAUUCAUAGCCACAAGGUUGUGAUGUACAGCAAAACAUACUGUCCCUACAGCAGAAAACUGAAGAUAAUUCUCAGUCGUUACCCAAUCAACGAUCUGAAAGUGAUAGAACUAGAUAGACAAAAAGAAAUGAAAAACAUGCAGAGAAUUCUGAAGCGCAUGACUGGUCGAUCCACAGUACCACAACUAUUCAUAGAUGGUGAAUUUAUUGGCGGUCACGAUGAUACGAAAGUGAUCGAAGAUCGAGGAGAACUUCGACAAAUUUUAAUGAAAGCUAAAGCACUAUAG